UUAGAACUACGAAUAUCAUUUUCUCCGCGACUCCACCAGUCCACCUUUUAACAGCGUGCUAGUUGUCCUAAAUCCCCCUUCUUCCCUCACUCACAACUCACAAGAAACGCAAAAACUCAAGCCCCAACUCAACAACAAUGGAAGAUCCCGCCAUAUACGGUGGCGCGUCACUUCCAUCCCCCUCGACAACAGACGCAAAACAACGACGAGUGUCCUACUUCUACGAACCCACAAUCGGCGAUUACUACUACGGCCAAGGCCACCCCAUGAAGCCCCACCGCAUCCGUAUGGCGCACAACCUCAUAGUCCACUACUCUCUCCACCGUCGUAUGGAAAUCAGCCGUCCUUUCCCCGCCGAAGCAACCGACAUUCGCGGCUUCCAUUCUGACGACUAUGUCGACUUCCUCUCCUCCGUUUCCCCUGAACUCUGCGGUUCUCUCACCUCCGCCUCCUCCGCUUCUUCCACCCUCGACCACUCUCACUCAAGACACUUGAAGAGGUUCAAUGUCGGAGAUGAUUGUCCUGUAUUUCCUGGGCUUUUCUCAUUUUGUCAGGCUUCUGCUGGUGGGUCCAUUGGGGCUGCUGUGAAGCUGAAUCUACAGGAUUCGGAUAUUGCGAUUAAUUGGGCUGGGGGUUUGCAUCAUGCUAAGAAAUCCGAGGCUUCUGGGUUUUGUUAUGUUAAUGAUAUUGUUCUUGGGAUUCUUGAGCUUCUUAAGUAUCAUAAGCGUGUACUAUACAUUGAUAUUGACGUGCAUCAUGGGGAUGGUGUUGAAGAAGCCUUCUACACCACUGACAGAGUUAUGACUGUUUCUUUUCACAAGUUUGGGGACUUCUUUCCUGGAACUGGACACAUUAAAGACAUUGGAGCUAAUUCUGGGAAGCAUUACUCUCUAAACGUUCCAUUGAAUGAUGGAAUAGACGACGACAGCUUCAGAGGUCUCUUCAGGCCAAUUAUUCAAAAAGUAAUGGAUGUUUACCAGCCAGAUGCAGUUGUCCUACAAUGUGGAGCGGAUUCACUUUCUGGUGACAGGCUUGGCUGUUUCAACUUGUCUGUGAAAGGUCAUGCUGAUUGCUUGCGAUUUCUAAGAUCGUUUAAUGUCCCAUUAAUGGUGCUGGGUGGAGGAGGGUACACUAUUCGAAAUGUAGCUCGUUGUUGGUGCUAUGAGACGGCAGUUGCAGUUGGUGUAGAACCUGAUAACAAAUUGCCUUACAAUGAGUAUUAUGAGUAUUUUGGCCCAGAUUACGUUCUUCAUGUUGAGCCUAGUAACAUGGAAAACCUGAAUUCACCUAAAGAUAUGGAGAAAAUUCGGAACAUUCUUCUAGAGCAGCUAUCUAGAAUACCUCAUGCGCCAAGCGUUCCAUUCCAGACAACUCCUUCCGUGACAAAGCCGCCAGAAGAAGAGGAGGAAGACGAUAAGGAUGAAAGACCAAAACCUCGCAUCUGGAAUGGGGAGGAUGAUUUUGAUACUGAUCCCGAGGACCUUAUGACCCCGAGUAAAUCUGAGGACGAUAUGUAGAAAGUGAUGGCAGAAGAUAGCACCCCGGAUGUGGAGGUGUGAGCGCAACUCUUAAGCGGCAUUGGAGUGUUUGAUUGCAUGGCUUGACCGAGAAUUGAGAAUAGGAACCUUAUAACAUACACCAGAUUAUCAGACAAUCCCUAAAUAUGGGAGCUUACUCGACAAUAGGGAGUCAAUAUUUUGUCAAUUACUCUGUUAUUCAGUUGUAAUUAGUCUCUGUGCAUCUUGUUUUGGAAUGGAAAGAAAUGAGUCUGUGAAACCUUAAUCGUUGGCAAAACUGCCUUCUUUUUUGGACGAAAAGAUUAGCCAAUUCUUGUAUCUUUCUCAAUGGGAGAUUCUUGUUAUCUGCCUA